UGAUUAAUAACAAUACAUUUCUUUGGGAGAGAGAGAAGAUGAUGAAGAUGAAGGGGGGGCUCUCUCCUCCGUCCCUGGAACAGAGCAAAGAAAUUACGUGCGAGGAAGUGGAAAAUGUUCAUCACCAAGGAAUGGCUGGGAAAGACGGAGGAUCAGGAGUGGAAGAAGAUUCCAUCGACGCCAUAUCAGAGCAAGUCACACUCACGAGUCUUCACAAACGAGGUGAAGAGGCAGAGCCAAUCUGGGAGAAGUGUGAUCUGUGGAGGCAAGAACAGAAGACGAGAGCAGCGAGGAGGCUGGAGGAACAGUUGAAGGCGAGAUGGGCCAUUGAGGAGCUAAUCCAGGAAAACCUGACCCGUUUCCACACCCAUUACAACCUGGCCAAGGCCCCGACCCGGCCCAAGGACGUGGCCCAACUGCUCAUGCCCAAGGGCGCAGCCGCCCACGAGAUGGCCGCCCUGGCGUGGCUCGGAGACUGGCGGCCCUCCGCUGUGCUGGACCUCCUUUGGUCGCUGUGCCACUCCUGGUCCGCGUUGUCUCCGGCCCUGUCCAACGGCGGCGAGCAGGCCUUGCAGAGCCUCAUCCACGAGAUUCGAAUCGAAGAGGCGGUGCUGGACGAGGAAGUGGCGGAGAUCCAGGCCAAGUGCGUGCUGCACCUCCCUUUCGGCGCCGUCAACGGCGGCGCAAAGAGGCCGGCGAUGGCGGCGGUGCAGGAGGAGAUGAGGAAGAUCAAGCAGGCCGUUUCCAAGGCCCAGAACCUAAGGUUCAAGGCGGUUGAGAUGGUGGUGAAGAAGGUGCUGAGCAAGAUCGACGCGGCGGAAUUCUGGGUUGCGUUUAUGGGGAUUCAGGAUUUGAUCCACCAGUUAGCGACGCAGCAGAGGCUGCGGAAGGGACCCGUCUCGCUGCCCGUGAAGGGCUUGGGGAUGUAGAUUUCUUUUCUUCAACUCGUAGUUUGGAGUGUCGAUAAAUCUUAGAUAUUUGUAGUCACUGCACAGUUUCAUGUUUUCUCCAUACAUGCAUGUCUAUGGUACCUUUUUUAACUGUUCUGUCGGUAGCGUAGAAAUGAAUUUGCA